AUGCGAGUUGUGAUGUUGCUUGUGUCAGAAUUUGUUCAGCUUGUUUUGUGCUUAUACUCCUUUGCCUAACAUGGUUGCUCAUUUUGCAGCUCUUGCAUUCACGGGUUGCAUUAUUUAUAUUGCUUGGCCGGGAAGCAGUCUAUUUUCAUGGCAUCCAACUUUGAUGGCUAUAGCAAUGGGACUGCUGAUGUUUGAAGCAAUCACUGUCUUUUCACCAAGCAGUUCUCUGAUACCAUCAUGGCAAAGAUCAACCAAAGCCAAUAUACACGGAUACAUGAUGGUGGCAUCCCUAUUUUCUGCCAUUGCAGGAUUCAUGAUAAUAUAUUACAAUAAGGAAAUCAACAACAAAGAGCAUUUCACCACCUGGCACGGCACAAUGGGGCUAGUGACCGUUCUCUGGGUCUGUGUGCAGUGUUUUGGUGGAGUAUUACUGAAGUAUAAUAGCCUGGUAAGUUCCUGGAAAAUUCGACUGGCAGACAUGAAACUCUAUCACGCCACUUCAGGACUGUGUGCCUUUACGUUAGUCUCAGUGACACUUGUGAUGGCCCUGUUCUCUGAUUGGUUCAGCAAUGCUGCCGCGGGAACCACGUGGUGGGGAGUGUUCGCCACACUUGCGUGUCUGUCGUUGAUGGUCAUGCAGCAAAUCACCACCGCGUACUUACCUCAGUCUCGCAUCGUUAAACCUAAGCCCACCACCUCUAAACAGGGUAAACGGAAAGAGAAGAAGAAAGAAAAGUAACUCUUGAAAUCUUGCUCAGGCUCUCCGCUCCAAUAUGUGGCUUUACUCAUUCAGAAUACAAAAUGAACAUUUUAACAUCUUUUCACAAGCUUUAUUUUAGUCCCGAUAUUUGGCUUUAUACCUGUUCAUGUUAUUUUAAUAAUAACUUAUUUUUUAAUCCAAAGACUUUUACAUGACUUUUUUUGUACUCCUUUGAAUGAGUAAUAUUUGUUUCAUGAUUAUUCAGUAAAUUAUUUUAGAGGAUGAGAAGGUUUUGACUAGGAAAUCAUUUGUUUGAUUUUUGUUUUGUUAUUCUAUGUUAUUUAUGCAUAAAACACAGAGCUAUUGUUUGUUCCAACACUACACAUUUUCUGUAAACAAUUUACAAUCGUAUCUACAGAGUCUGGUUGUCAAUUGUUUCUUUACAAAGAGAUAUAUCGUAUGUUGGACCUGUCAUGUUCAUCAAAAAAGAAGGUAUGAAGUCCUUUUAAAAAUUCCCUAUACUUUUGGUACAUGUAUUUGAAAUUUCUUUCUUUCAUAUUAAUUUUGCCAUGUUGGUGAAAAAUAUUGUAAAGGUUUUUAUGGAGGAUUUCUUGAACCUUGAGCUCUGCUUGCAAAUAUUUAUUGUCUCAAACCGUACAAAAGAACUAUAGGUACAGUUUCAGUCAUAAUUUGCCAUUUUAAAGUGAUUUUUUAAAAAUGUCACAAAUUAUGAAAAUUUAAAAUUUUGAUAUUUACACAAAAAUAGCAAAAAAUUAAUAAUCUAUUGAUAAUUACCUGAUUAGACUGUUGUUACAUUUGUGUUAUAAUUUUUCAGCUACAGUAGCUUUAUUAUGAAAUCAAAAAAAAAUCCAGUUGGGGACUUCAGGUGUCAUUGUUCAGUGAAAUGUAUUGUGUGUGCAGUAUUGUAUGACGUAUUUAAUGUCUGAUGUUAAAUUUUCAUGACAGUGUAACCCUCAGUUUCAAAUACCAGUACUUACUUGUUAUUGAAGAUUGGUUUGUAUGAAAACAUUAAAUGUUAAGAUUAAGAAUAUUA